UCCGGCACCUUUCCCCGCCCCCCAGCCCUGAGGUGUUGGGUCUCGGGUGCAGGCGGCUGGGUUCUCCUGGUUCUACCCGGAUUGUGCAGGAUCGUUUUCAAAGCUUUGGGAACACGCUUUGGCCUGAUUUGAGGAGGGGGGGCGGGGAGGGGCCUGCGGCUUGCGGCCCCGCCCCCUUCUCCGGCUCUCAGGCAGGCAGAUUGGCCCGCCUCCUCCUUCGGCCGGCCCUGGGGCCGCGUCCCCCAGGCAACUCAGCUACUGAGGCCUGAGAUUCUGGCCGCAGGUGUCCGCGGCGAGGCCCCAGGGCACAGCCUAGUUCGACCCCAUGGUGGGUUUCGGGGCUAACCGGCGGGCCGGCCGCCUGCCCUCCUUCGUGUUGGUGGUGCUGCUGGUGGUGAUCGCGGUCCUCGCCUUCAACUACUGGAGUAUCUCCUCCCGCCACGUCCUGCUUCAGGAGGAGGUGGCGGAGCUGCAGGGCCAGGUCCAGCGCACCGAGGUGGCCCGUGGGCGCCUGGAGAAGCGCAAUUCGGACCUCCUGCUCUUGGUGGACUCGCACAAGAAACAGAUCGACCAGAAGGAGGCCGACUACGGCCGCCUCAGCAGCCGGCUGCAGGCCAGGGAGGGCCUGGGGAAAAGAUGCGAGGAUGACAAGAUUAAACUACAGAGCAACAUAUCAUAUCAGAUGGCAGAUAUACAUCAUUUAAAGGAGCAACUUGCUGAGCUUCGCCAGGAGUUUCUUCGACAAGAAGACCAGCUUCAGGACUAUAGGAAGAACACUACUUACCUUGUGAAGAGGUUAGAAUAUGAGAGUUUUCAGUGUGGCCAACAGAUCAAGGAAUUAAGAGCACAGCAUGAAGAAAAUAUUAAAAAGUUAGCAGACCAGUUUUUGCAGGAACAAAAGCAAGAGACAAACAAGUUUGAUUCAAAAGAUGCAAACGAGUUGGGAAUAAACAAUCAUGCAGUACCUAAAAACAUUCCAAAAGUACCUGAGAAUGCUGCAGAUAAGAAUGAAGAACCCUCAAGCAAUCAUAUUCCACAUGGGAAAGAACAAAUCAAACGAGGUGGUGAUGCGGGAAUGCCUGGAAUAGAAGAGAAUGACCUUGCAAAAGUUGAAGAUCUUCCUACUGCUUUAAAGAAACCCUCUAUUUCUGUUGCUCAGUAUGAAAGUCAUCAAGCAAUCUCCCAUAUUCCAACUGGACAGCCUCUCUCCCCAAAUAUGGUUCCAGAUUCUCAUGGACACCACAAUGGAAAUCCUGGAACUUCAAAGCAGAACCCUUCCAAUCCUCUUCAGCGUUUAAUUCCAGGCCCGAACUUGGAAAGUAUACCCAGAAUUCAAGCAGAUAUACUAAAGCAGGCUACCAAGGAUAGAGUCGGUGAUUUCCAUAAGUUGAAGCAAAGCCGAUUCUUUGAUGAGAAUGAAUCCCCUGUUGAUCCGCAGCAUGGCUCUAAACUGGCGGAUUAUAAUGGGGAUGAUGGUAACGUAGGUGAGUACGAGGCAGACAAGCAGGCUGAGCUGGCUUACAAUGAGGAAGAAGAUGGUGAUGGUGGAGAGGAAGACGUCCAAGAUGAUGAGGAACGAGAACUUCAAAUGGAUCCUGCAGACUAUGGAAAACAACGUUUCAAUGACGUUCUUUAAGCCCUAAAGGAAAACUUCAGAAAACCUAAAGUGCUGUAAAAUGGAAUGAUUUCUACUUUGUUGUUUCUGACUUUUGUUGUAAAGAUCAGUUGUAUCAGUUGUAAAGAUACAUUGAGAUAGAUUUAAGGAAAAAUUUUAAUGAAGAAAUGUACCCAUGUACAUAUGUGAACUUUUUCAUAUUGUAUUAUUAAAGCAGAGAUUUUUUUGUUAUAUUACAGUUGAGCCAAAAACAAAGUAAGCAAAACUGUAAUCUUUGCAUUUAAAAUGAACUAAUGUAUAUUUUACAUUUUAUUGAGCCUAAUUCUUUCCACAAAUGGACAAAUAGUAAAAAUUGGUUGUACGGUUUAUAUGUUGCACAUAGCAUAACCCCAGUGAGAACAGUUAUUCAGCUGAAAAACUUUUUAUACACUAAUAUAUUCUUGUUAGCCCAACAGGUGUUCUGUUCUAUCUACCCCUCAUCUCGUGCUCUUCAUGGAGUUAUAUCUAGUCACAUAAAAGAGGGGUUGGAACCUGGAAGCCAAACACUGGGCAGCAUGUGUGCAAAAUCAUUUCCCUACACCUUUUAUUUUACAUGAGUGCUGAUGUGUUUUGGCAGAUUAACUUUUAGCUGAGGCCUGAUGGAAGUUGAGGUAACCUGCAAAGACAUAACAAUAUUUAUGAGUUAUACCUUACUUAGUUCAUGAAAUUGUGAAAUGCAUGAUUGGCAAUAUCUUUUCAAUUUUUAUUUUUUUCACAUAAUACUGGUACUGUUUAACAAUAACCAUCACUGGCUAAAUUUUUUAUAUUUUCAGAGUCCAAGUUGGUGAAAAUAUUCAUGAUUUAAAUGCCAGAUUCUGAAAGAAGCUAAAUCAACUUCAAAAUGAAUCUGCAAUCAGCAUUUCAAAGCUUCUCUGGUAGUUUUAGUGAUCUUAUUUGACUAGAAUUUUUCAGAAGUACUAUAAGGAGUUUUAACAGAUUUUUAUUAACACACAAAUAAGUAGAAGUGCAGUGAGGUCUACAACUGUUUUAUUAAAAUAGCUUAAGAGUUUGUAAUAAAGAUGAAGAAUCUUUGUAAUUAAUAUGUUCAGAACCCAUAAGCCUCAUAUUUGCUAGACUUACAGAAUUAUUUUAAAUGCAUUUGUCUUUUUUGACACUAUUCUGGAGAAUGCUUAAGCUAGUUAAUCCCUGUUUUCAGAUUUAAAUCUUUUAAAUCUUAUCCCCCCCAAAAUAAAAGGUUUUGAUCAUAAGGAGACAUUUAAGGUUGUUAACUCUGUUUUUCAGAAGGACUACUGUUAAUUGCACAUAAACAUGAAAUGUUUUUUUUCCCCCUUGUGCUCAGGUUCUAGUCAAAAUUCAAACUUACAGAGGUAAAAAAAGCUGUUCAUUUAUUAGAAGUGCAAAAAUUCUUAGACUUCCGUUUGAAAUUAUUUAAUGACCAGGAAAAGAUAUAGUGAUUUACUAAAAUUUUUAUUUCUACCAAAUCAAAAUGGCAAUUUAUGCCUUUGCUGAGUAUAUCAGGCCUAUAAUGAAUAGGUAUAAUAGUUCACAGAAUUUUUUAAAAUGGAGUUAAAGGGAAUUGAUGUACACCUUUUGGGCAUUAGAGUGGGAAGAUGAAUCUAAAACAUACUUCUAGUAAUACUUUAUAUUUAAUACUGUAAAAUCUUUACAAAUGAAAACCAUGAAAUUUCCUGCCUUAGUUCCUUUGUCAUAAGAACAAUCACUUAAUUAUAUGGUAGCUAUUACUUAUAUAGCAAAAUUUCUUCAAUUAGCAGUCUAGACAUUUUAUAAACUGAGAGAUCUUGGACCAAUUGAUAAUGUUUCUGACUGUAUUAACAUUUUAGUGCUAUAAAAUACUAUGUGAAUCUUAAAAUUCUGACAUUCUACAGUCUGUAUUAGACAUGCUGGUUUUUAUAAUAUUUUACUUCUGCCUUAAGAUUUAGGUUUUUUAAAUGUAUUUUUGCCCGGAAUUAAGUGUUAAUUUGAUGGAAACUCUGCUUUUAAAAUCAUCACUUAACUGGGUUCUAAUAAAUUAAAAUUAAACUUGUUUUACUAUUUUUCUGAUUCUGACACAUAUACACACAUCACACUCAUGUGAUGCAAAUAGUUACAUUUUAACACUAAAAUUUGAGCAAAUUUAGAAUUCAUUUUAGGCUAAGCUAAACUAGAUUGCAGAAAAAUUUAUAUUAGGGUUGUUUACCGUAGUGCUAGUGUAACAAAUACUGAAUGCUUCCUAUGUGCCCAGCAUUAUCUUAUGUAAUAAGAAUACUGUAGUGGGUAAGAUAGACCAGGUUUCUGUUCUCAUGGAGCUUACAUUCAAGUUGGACCAGUCCGACAAUAUACAAGUAAACACAAGAACCAGCUAAUUUUAAAUAGUGAUAAGAACUAUUAAAAAUAAAACAAAGUUCCAAGGUUUCAAGGUCUCUUAAGUUUCCAAAUAAUAAGGUUUUCAACUUAACUGAAACAUAAUUAUGAAGCUAGAAUAUCAUGAGAGAAAUGAGGCUGAAGAGGUAUGGAAAGGGUAGGGUAGGUAGAACCUUUUAAGUUCAGGUCACUUGCUACUGACCCAUAAAGAGAAAAUAUAAAAUCCAAAAUAUACAUGGAGGGAUGAUUCUAAGGAAAAUGUGAAUACAACUUCAAAAUCAUUUCUAAAAUAUGUCCCUUUAUUUUAAAAAAUCUUAAGAUUGUGUUCCUUUUUGACUUGUCCUGUAUACACCUGUAAACAUAAAAUUUGCUAGAAUAUGAGGACAGAGAAUGUAUAAAACAAAACAAAACAAAAACCGUGUAGUUAUGAGGGGGGUAGUCACUUGUCAUAAUGGCUAGCCUUGGAAACUUCUGUUACCUCACAUGUCUGACCCCAUGGCUUCAAUAAGACAAUCAAACCAUGUGAUGUUAUUUAAUACAUUUCCAAAGUCUAGGUUAUUGAGUCUUCACAUAAAUAUUCAGUUCUAAUUGGGCUAUAUCUAAUUCCUUUUAAGACUCUCCUCACUAAGGGUUCCAAAUGAAAAUUCAAACAACUGUCCCAGAAAGAAAAAGGGGAAAUUUAGUGGUCCAUGUAAAUAAACUGCAAAAAGGGCAGAAGUCAGCUGGACUUGAGGAUAAUUGUAUUGACACAAGGACUUAAACGCUGCCAACUUUGUUUCACUAACUCCCAUUUCUGCUUCUCUCUACUUGCUACUUUCUUUCACUCAGACUAGCUCUCCCCUCAAAACUCUAACCAAGACUUCCAGCAGGUCACAUUUUCUUAGUUUUGCCACCUGAGAACAGCUGCUCUUCUUUCCUUAAUUCCACUCCAAAAAAUAUGAGGGAAGGGAGAUUUUUGUUUCUGACUAUGAUUAAUUUGACUAGCCCUUUCUGAAUUAGUGGUAACUAUAAAACUGGACAAGAUGUAAGUGACUGUUUUGGGGCAGCAAAAAACUUAAGCUUCUAAAAAAUAAGGGAAACUUAAGCAGUUGAGCCCCACGGUCACCCAGCUUCCUAUGGGUGUAAAAAAGCUGAACUGAGACGACAGAGAUCAUAGUGGGGAGCAGCUGAAGCAGUUGGAAAUCAAUUGGGUGGACAUUAGAGAAGAGGGAGCUAUCUAUACAGAGAGGUAGCCCCAGAAAUCCUUAUAAGGGUGCCCACAAGUUCAUGGCUGAGGGCUGGACCGUACAUAAUUAGAGCAAAACCACCUGAUGCUUACCCCAUAGCAGUUGCCACAGAGUUGAGAAUGGAACGUAGAUACCAGAGGUCAAGAAGUGUUGCCAUAAAGGGCGCCUGGGUGGCUCAGUCGGUUAAGUGUCCGACUUCAGCUCAGGUCAUGGUCUUACGGUUCGGUUCGUGAGUUUGAGCCCCACAUGGGUUCUGUGCUGACAGCUCAGAGCCCGGAUUCUGUCUCCCUCUCUCUCUGCCCCUCCCCCACUCACGCUCUGUCUCUCUGUUUCUCUCUCUCUCUCUC